AUGGCUGGUCGAGCAGGUGAGACGAAUGGGAACGAAAAUUUCAUCAAUUCCAUAUUUCCCGACUUGGAUAGUCGCCACUCGGGAGGAAGUCCAACAGCGGUACCGAACUAUAGUCCAUGGAACGCUACCAAGAAACCAUGGAACGAUACCAAAAAAUCAUUCGACAACAACAUGGACACAUUGGGAGACAUGAUGGGGGGACUAAAGAGGCUUGGGGGCGUCAAUGGCCCUCUAUCCAUGAAUGAAGAACCACCAGAAGAUACCUUCAGGACGUUGAAGUUGAGUCUAGAGGAUCUUUAUAAAGGUACUGUCAAAGGCUUCGAGUUCACGCGCAGACUCAGAGACGGCCAGAUCAAAAAAGAAACCCGGGAGGUCACUGUUCAACCCGGUUGGAAAGACGGGAUCCCACUGGCGGAGGCACUAGCGGGUCCAGAUCUGGGGUACGAUCUCAAUCGGGGUCUGAAACACAUCGACGGCCGAAACGUCCUGUUCAAGUUGCCCUUCAUCGGCGCUUCCGGCGGGAAUCCCAUCCAGCCUGGCUUCGAGAUUCGAAUCCCUAACCAAGGCAUGCCUAUCAGAAAAUCCGGCGGAAAAUCCAGAGGAGAUCUCAGAGUCCGAAUCGAUGUCGUCUUUCCUGCCUGGUUGAAUGCUAGUCAAAUUCUAGCCGCCCGACAGCUUAAGGAAUGUAUGUCAUCAAUUGUUCCUGCCUUUGACAUCUGA